AUGGCAGGUGCUGACCAGAAAUCUUUUCUGGGGUCGUUCUCCCCUUGGACGCCUUCUCGGGGUCCAACACCUCAAUCCGACCGUCAGCGUGGGUCUGAUGUCCUUCAACGGUCACAGGGGGAGGACCACACGGUGACCCAUCGGCAUCGAUUGAGCUUGCGCCAGUACCCUCCAGACUGCCCUCCAUUGAAAGUACGGUGGUUUUAUGCCGUGGAUUCCCCCAAACGAAAGCCGGCGUUGCUGGAUCAGACAACCGCCGACCAGAAACCCCUACCUCCGCCGAAGAAAUUCAUUCCGUUCUCCCUCAAAGACUCGCAAUCCAUUGAAGCUGCUUUUCGGAAAUUGUCGGACAUCGAAGAUGCCCACGAGCACAGCCGGGCCCAGGAGCCGAAGGAGGUAGCACCGCGAGCUUCGACUAAGGUACCGGUGAAUGAAGACUAUCUCUUUGACGUGGAUGUGGAACAACGGGAACUGGGCCCUGCCUACUGGAUUGGACCCAUCUAUGAAGUUCGUCGUGGAACGUGGUUUAUCCAGGAAGGGUCUGCAUUGAAGCCGUGCGAAGAAAAUCUGGCCACCCAGCUCGAAGAGGGCUACCUGAAAUUACGGCCCUGGUAUACCGAUAUGAUGAAGCCAGGGACUUCGGACUCGGUCUUGGACGCCAAAGAGCGCAAUCGAUCGCACAGUAUGACAGAGUCGCAAUUCAGAGGUCAUGCGCAACCUUCAGAGCCAGCCGGAACUACCUUCUCAUCUCAGGGCGUCCCUCGGACCGAGUCAAGUGGCCCCGCCGCAGAACCUCAACAGUAUCGCCUAUUCGGUGCCUACAUGAAUAGAAUUGCUGCCUAUCAAGAUUCCUCAACAGCAUGGCUCUUAAGUGAUGAUUUUAUGUCGCGCGUCAGUACCACCGUUUAUCAAAAGUUGGGCGGUAUCCCAGGCACCAAAGUAGUCCGUGGCUUUAGAGAGCCUAGGCGACCGAGAGAGACAUUUGAUUCCAAAGGUCCGGAUCGAAAGCCUGCCGAGACCACCCCGGCCACCAAGCUUGAGGCCCCUUCGGAAGCUGUUGCGCACAAGGCUAGCGAGCCUGUCUCCUCGGACCUGUCGACUCCUCCGAAGCCCGAAGAUGACAGCAUAGGGCGAAGGCCAAAGUCCACGCUAGAGCGGCAGAUGUCCUCUCUUGCGGGGGAGCCGCAGAACCCAGCGGAAAUCGAAGAGGAAGCCCGGAUGCAAGAAGAACAAGAGAUGGAAGAGUUGAGGGAAGCGGACAGCGAGGACAGAGAGCGCGAGGUUGAUCAUUUAAUCCUGGUCACGCAUGGGAUCGGCCAGCGGCUUGGGCUACGCUUGGAGAGCAUCAAUUUCAUCCAUGAUGUCAAUGUGCUUCGUAAGACGCUUAAAAGUGUCUACAAAGCCUCACCGGACCUUCAAGCUUUGAAUUCGACUUUUGCUGGCAGCGACAAAAAUUGUCGAGUGCAGGUGCUUCCCGUGUGCUGGCGACAUCUUCUUGAUUUCCCAUAUCGGGGAGUCCGACAGAAUCGCAAGGAACUUGACCUGGCUGAUGCGGAUACUCUGGAGGAUGACGCUUAUCCAAGUCUAUCAGACAUUACGCUUGAAAGUGUUCCGGCUGUUCGUAACCUCAUCUCAGAUUUGGCGAUGGAUGUGCUGCUCUACCAGAGUGGGUAUUGCGAGCAUAUUUCCAAUAUCGUCAAGCAUGAAUGCAACCGAAUCAUUCAGCUUUAUCGACAGCGGAACCCAUCGUUCCAGGGCACAGUCAGUCUCUGUGGUCAUUCCCUCGGAAGUGCGAUUCUUUUCGAUAUAUUAUGCCACCAGCCCAGUGAAACUGCUGCCAGGCGAGACAAAGCAACGGAAUCGGAUGAUAUGUCAAGCCACCAAGGUGGACAGAAUGCCUUGCAAUUUGAUUGCGAGGAGUUCUUCUGUCUGGGAUCCCCAAUUGCGCUUUUUCAAAUGCUGAAGGGGAAGACCAUUGCUGGCUAUUCUCCUCUAAGCACGAGAACCCGCAGAAGUACUUUGGAUGUUGACAUCGACACCGGGGCCUUGGGGUCUCUGAACUCGAAUCGGGACUCGCGCGCGAGUGCCGGACAAAGCUUGGGUGACCGUCCUGCCAUAAUAUCUACUCCAAAAUGUCGAGACAUUUACAACAUCUUUCAUCCCUCAGAUCCGGUGAGCUACCGUCUUGAACCACUCAUUUCGCCCGCCAUGGCGGCUCUCCGGCCACAACCUCUACCCUCAGUCAAAAAGAGCCUAUGGACAACCUCGGGGCAAAGUCUUUCUAUCCUGGGCAGUCGCAUGGGUCAGAGUGUGGGGUCUUUGUGGACUAAUUUCACAUCUGGCGUUGCAAGCAGUUUGCUGAACCGCAGUCUGGGCUUGAACGCGGAUGAAGCCUCAUCGGCCGGCAAACUGGACCCGUCCCGUCACAAACGGACUCAAUCUGGGUCACUCUCGGAUCCCCCAGAAGAAGGCGACGAUCAAUUUCCAACCCUGAUUGAAUCCGAUUUGGAGACUCUCUAUGAUGGGUUCCAGAAAAGUAGAAGCCAUAAAAAAACCCAUUCGCACUCGUCUGCGGAUGCCGACGUCGACUUAGAGUCGGAAGACCAAGAACGAAAGUUGCGGCUUGAAGACGCCAAAGUGCGGGCCCUGAACUCCAAUGGCCGCGUCGAUUAUAGCAUUCAAGAGGGGGCCUUCGACAUCUCGUUGAUUGCCAGCAUUGCCAGCCACCUCACCUACUGGGGAGAUGAGGACGUCAAUCAUUUCAUGCUGUCCCAGAUGCUGUCUCGAAAAUCGCGACAUCGAGGUACCAAGGGAGAUGGGAAAUGUUGA